AUGCGUCUCGUCACGCUCCCCCUCCUCGACAUACUCCUCGGCAUAGCCGCCGGCGGCAGAACAAAGCCCGGCGACGCCGACUUCGACUGGUCGAGCAUCACACCAAGCCGGGACCUGGCGUACCAACCCUGCUACACCCCGGGGGAGUUCCUCUGCGCACGUCUCCUCGUGCCGCUGGACUGGCGCGCCAACGAGAGCAGCGCCAGCGCCGACCCUGACCCCAACCAUCAUAGGAGUAACAGAGACAACCGCACCGUCGCCCUCGCCAUCAUCAAGCUCCCCGCCACCACGCCCUCCGCAACGGACCAUUCCUCCUUCGGCGGCACCAUCUUCACGAACCCCGGCGGGCCCGGCGGCUCCGGCGUGAGCCUGAUGCUCGACCGGGGCCACUACCUGCGCGCGGCCGUGUCGUCGCCCUCGCGCCGCUACGAGGUACUGAGCUGGGACCCGCGGGGCGUGGCGUUCACGACGCCGAACGCCGACUGCUUCGCGGGCGACCUGACGGCGCGGCACGCGGCCGAGAUCCAGGGCCACGCCGUGGGCCGGCUGACGGGGCCCGGGGGGCCGACGGCGCUGCGGCGGCAGCACGCUGUCGCGGCGGGGUUUGGGAGGCUCUGCGAGGGCGUCGUGGGCGAGGAGGCGGGCGCGAUCUUGCCGUUUCUGAAUACGGCGUCGGUGGCGCGCGAUAUGGUCGAGAUGGUGGAUAAGGUCGGGGAGUUGAGGGAGAGGGAGCGGGAGGAGGCGGCUUCGAAGGUGGUCGGUCUAGACGGGCAGCAGCCGCUACAGAAGCCGGCUGAGAAGGGAAAGAAGACAGAGAGGAAGAAGGUGGCCCGCAUCCAGUACUGGGGUUUCUCUUACGGCACUGUACUCGGCAACACGUUCGCAUCAAUGUUUCCCGGGCGAGUGGGACGAAUGAUUCUGGAUGGAGUUGUCGAUGCGGACGAUUACAUGGACGGUCUCUGGCUCAAGAACCUGCAAGACACGGAAGAGCUCGUGACCCUAUUCUACACAUCUUGCUUCGCGGCCGGACACGAUAAGUGUCCGCUGGCACAACCAGGCUACACAGCGUGGACGGCCCUCAAGUCACGCGUGGACUCGCUAGUCGCAGCCCUCGACGCCGAGCCCGUGGCCGUGUCGACCGAAGGGAAUAAACACAUGAUUAUCAUCACGGGGCAAGAAGUCCUCGCGGCUUUCCAACGCCCGCUGUACACGGCGCAAGCUUCCUUCCCCCAGCUAGCCGUGACGCUGGCCGAAGCCUUGCAGGGCAACUACACUCUGCUGAUCAAGAACGCCCUCCAGUCCCAGCUGCCGCCUCUCGACGAGGCCUGUUCCACGACCAACAGCUCGGUGCUCGCAACGCGUGUAAAGCGGGAUGCCCAGCAGGCCAUUCUCUGCAGCGACGGCUUCCCCACAGCCGCCAACCUCACCAUCCCCGAGCUUGAAGCCUACGUGUCGGCCAUCGCGCACCAGUCGCGCACCUUCGCCCCCUUCUGGGCCUCGAUCCGGUUCGCGUGCUCCGGGUGGCGCGCGCGGCCGAACUGGCGGUUCUCGGGGCCGUUUGGGACGCCGGAGCCGCUACUACCCAUAACCGCUGCCAUUCAGGGUGCGGAGGAAGUCGAUUCCGAUGAAAACGAGGAUGAUGGAAGGGAGAAUGGAAAAGAAGACCCAGACGAGACCAACAACCGCCCCGCAGCCCCCCUCCUCUUCCUAACCUCCCGCCUCGACCCCGUCACGCCCGCGCGCAACGCCUUCGCCAUGGCGGCCGCGCACCCGCGCGCUGGCGUCGUGAUACAAGACUCCGUCGGGCACUGCGCCGGCCUGGAGCCGAGCGCGUGCACGCGGGACGUCAUACAAAAGUAUCUCGAGUUCGGGACCGUGCCCACAACAGACUCAGGCUCUGGCUCAUCAGAGUCUGAUCCAGGGGUAACGCAGUGCAAGCCCGACUGCGAGGACCUCUGGGGUUCGUGUGCUGGCGAUGAUGGGCUGGCGCCGCUGGGACUGGAGCGCGAGGAGUACGGGGAUUGGGAGUGGGGACUGGUGUGA